AGACAAAGGGAAUUGUGAAGUGUAGCCAUGGACCAACAAGACUAUAGCAAACAGAAUGAGAGAAAACUCUUAUUGUCCAAAGAAGAAGAGAGGAUUCGCGAUGAGCUUGAAAUGGAAAUAGAAAGAAAUUUGGAAGGGGAAUUCAAGGAUGGGAUAUACAAUCUCGCACUCAAGCUGCGCAGGCUGUAUGAACAAAGACGGGAAAGAGAAGAAUCGUUGGAUGCUUCGAUGAGAAAGAGCAAGAGAGUAUUGGAGGUGAACAUAAGCAUAAAGAUGGAAGGAGAUACCAAGAUUGAGAUCACAGAGAGGAAGAAGGAAGUAGACAACGUCAAGACGAAAAAAGCAGAGAAUUUGGACAAUAGAAAGAAGUUUGCAGCAGCUGGUGAAGAUAAAACAAGUAAAGAAAAGAUGAAGAAUCCAACCAGGGCUCAUGAACUCAGAUGGAAAUGGUAAAAGAGAUAAAUUGAUUAAUUGGCUUGCACCUGUGCUAUUUUCCGGUAUCUACGUUUCAAGUUUUUUAUCCUAUUUAUAU